AUGCGCGCUGCCAGGACCAAGGGCACAACACCUGACGAGCGGGAAGUCACGCAUAGUGGGUCGACAACAACCACAGCGCUGACGUCCAUGUCGUCUUCAUCAAGUAGUGCUAGCGCUCCGACUUCGGCUGUGUCGCCUCUUAUCGUUCCUCCACACGCGGAUUUGAAGCCGACGCCGACUGAUGCUGCUCAGGCAGCGCAAGCCGAAAUCGUUCACCAAG